AUGACAGCCGAGUAUCGUCGACGCGGCCUGCAAGACUCGGCCAUCUCGCUCGAUGCCGUCCUCACUCCCAGCAGCGACGUGGCCGCCGAUCCCAGUUCCGCCGGCGAUGCAACCAUUCCAACAUCGCCACGUGCCCACUGUACGGAGAGUGCUGGAGAAAGCGGCCAAGCGGAAAAGGAUGCGCCCUCCAAUUCGGUUCAUUCUCCACUACCUCGAAGUGAGACUCGGUCCACCCGUUCCACCUCGACAACGUCCCGAAAUUCCAACCGACUGUCGUUGACGCUGCCAAUCGCCCCGCCCGACAGUGCGCCGUCUAGGCCUACGCCAUCUUCGUCGGUCCCGCCCACUCCUAUCGAGAUGUCGGCCCUCAGUUCGCCCACCGACCCGAAUGACUUCAUCAUCGCCAUCGCCGCCCAGGAUCGCCGGGUGCUGGUGCUUCGUGAAGAGUUAGCCCAAGCGGAAAUCGAGCUUAAGAGGCUGAAGAAGCAAUGGGAGUCCUACGAAGCUUACAAGAGGCGAGCGCCCACCCGAAACUUCAAUCCCCAUCAACCAAUGUCCCCCUUGCUAGACGGACAACGGGGCGGCGACCUCGGUUCGACAAGAUUUGCCAGCGAGCUGGAGCGCAGGAAAGCCAUCUUACGCGCCCAAAGCCAGGCGACCCCCCGCGACAGCAAGAGGACAAUUAUCUCGGGCGGGCACACGCGUACCCUCUCCCUGCUCUCGCCGACGAGAUCCACCAGCGGGGACCCUGAUGAGCGUCGGUCCGUCGACCUCUAUCCUAGCUCUCCCGCGCUUCCCAGUCCAGCUCUGCUGAGCAAGCGUGCUACCUGGGCCCCUCGCCAGAGUCAGCCAACGAACGGCAUGAAGCAAAUCGCAAAUGACUUUAAGCAAGGUCUGUGGACGUUCGUCGAAGACCUGAGGCAAGUCACCAUCGGCGACGAAGCGAUUUCAGGACUAUCGAACCGCACCAGCGACAUGGGUUCACGUCCAGGAAGAAUCGAGGGCGACCAAGAUACCAUCCGUGCGUCCGCGACGAGCCGUGGUCAGAUCCCCGUGCAGUCCGACUCAGAUUCGGCCGAGACGCCUAGCAGAUCGUCCACCGGUAGCUUCAGCGACCGCUACCAGCAUAGACGCACCUCUUCAAAGCCAGAGCCCAAGGCCAAGAAACGCUUCUCGUGGACGCCCCUCACGUACGACAACUUCGACGACGAAGAUUGGUCGAAUUGGGACACGCCGAACGUCAAGACCGCUCGGUGGAGCGGCAGCACGGUGAACGGCGACAUCAUCCCGGCUAUCCCGGAGAGGGCUGCUGAAAGCGAGGGAACACUGAGACGGAAACCGUCCCGAAGUGAGCUCCGGUCUCCGUCCCCGCAGACCCCGAGCAAACUUGAGCUCCCUCAGGCCAUCCUCAGCCGCCUCACGCCCCUCACGCCGGGCAACAUCAUCAAGGAGUGGGAAAAGAGCCUGUCUCCACCGGCAGAAUCGACGUCGUUCUGA